CCAACUUGAGCUGAAGUAAGAUCCGGCUGGAGGACUGUUGUCACUUUCUCUGCUCACAACCCCGCAGGCAGCGCCUGAGCCGUCACCGCACCCCGAGUCCCGGCUGAGAUUCCGGCGCGCUGACCCCGGGCGCCAGGCAACCACCUGUGCUGGGUGGGGACCCCGGAGGACGAGCGCUGUCUAAAGCGGGGAGCAGGUCUGGGGCGGGCCCGGGCUCCUGCCCAGACCCCGCGGGCCCUGACGCCUGUCUUCGCCCACCUCUCCGCCGAGGCCAGUCCCGGGGACCUCCGCCCUCAGACCCGGUCUGCACCCCACACCGAGCAGUCCCGCUCCCCUGUGCGUGACAGCUGCCCAGACGCCGCCCGGAAACCCCAGCGCCCGCAGCGCGGGUUCUCUCAGACCAGUCUUCCGGCCUCGGAGGCGCCCCAGGCCCGCAGGAUUUAAGGAUCCGGACCCGUGAAGGAGCCACUUCCAGAAGGACACAGAUCUCCCAUGGAAGCCAGGACGGUGACCUUGAUGGUCAGCCUGUUCUCCAUCCUCAACACCUUCCAGUUCUUCAUCCUGGACAUCGAACAACUGACGCACAUCGGCUACGAAGAAAAGUUCAGCCUCUACCUGGACACAAAGUCCGCGCUGGCGUCCUGGAUCCUGACCCACAGGAGCACCGUGGCCGGCCUCCUGUCCCUCAUCACCGUCGCCGUCAGCUGCGGCCUCCUCUACAGUGUCCACCAGAACAGCUACAAGGGGCUGCUGCUCUACGCGCUGUGGAUCGUGGCCUUCGAGCUGGGCAGCUUCUCCCUGCUGCUGUACACCAGCGGCCUCGUCCGGAAGCAGUUCCGGGUGCUGACGCACCUCUGCCUGGUCCUGCAGGUGUCGCGCAUGGUGCUGCACUUCGCCUGCCUGCCCUGCGUCUUGCGGCACUCCUACGAGCUCUUCGAGGCCUUCAAGAUAGUCACCAAGAUCGGCCACCGCCGCCGCUCCUCCGUCAGCACCGUGGACUCCUGGCCACCGGCGGGGCUGAAGCUCUUGUACCGCAGAUUCAUCUAGGAAGGCCCUGGCCGAGGCCUACUGUCCUCACUGCCUCUGCCCAGGGCUCCAGAGCUAUGGGGUCUUCGAGGAGUGGCCCUGGGGGGUGAGGGUGCCCGGGUCGGUCACCCCCACAGGGCAGCUGCUGCCGCACUGAUGACACUGGCCUCUUGCUGAUUUAACCAUUGUG